AUGACAGACAAAGGCACACCAAGGCAUCAAUCUCAGAAAGUGCAUAACGAAAAACGACAACCUCUGACCCAUUUUCUUUGCCUGCCUCUGAUCAACACUACUUCAAUUGCGCAACUGGAGUGCUCGGUCACGACUUUCAAAACAGUUCAUCUGCCUGGACCCGGUGCGAUCUCCCUGCCGACUUCCAACGAUCAUGCCAGCACCUCAUGUUUGAGUAUUCCUAGCGGCGCAUUCCGCCCAUUGGGGACUCUUCACUUUACACUAGGGGUAAUGAGUCUUCGCAGCAAGGAGCGCCUGGAACAAGCUAUAUCUCUUUUCCAAUCUCUCGACUUGAAAGCCCUGAUCAGUGAGGCCGAUCGAGUUGCUGCUCAAAAGAAGAACAACAAUAAUCCAUCAGAAUCAUCAACAUCUACACAUGAACCAAACCAAAACCAGCCUAUGAUGGUCUCGCUUGAGUCAUUGCACGCGCUCCCCAAUGCCAAAUCGGCAAGUAUUCUACAUGCCUCGCCAGUCGACCUCACGGGCCGCUUGUACCCGUUCUGCGUGAUGCUCCGGGACAAGUUUAUUGAAGCUGGAUUCAUCCAGAACGAGGCUUCGAAAGCACCCACCAGAGACAAAAUGCAGGCAAAACCCUCCGCCGAUGACAAUAAAGUAGCCAGCGGGGAUACUUCUCCACGAGCAGAGCAAGAUUCUUCUGGAAGCUCACAUUUGCCAGCAAUUGUGGAUCCAUAUACAGCCGCUUUGUCCCGGAAGCCCAAACCCCGUCCGCUUCUACUACAUGCAACCCUCGUGAACACAAUUUACGUCCGUGGUCGACAUAACACCCAGAACAAAAGCGCAGAUGGGAAGAAACCACCAAAACGUAUUACAUUUGAUGCUCGUGAUCUCGUGUCUCUGUAUAAAGAUUACUAUACCGAUGAGACACGGACCAAUGCAAGACCAGUAAAUCUCAACACAGAGGAUCCUUUUAGUCCAAAUUCCCCGGUUGCCGACGGUAACAGCAGGCAACCCAAAUCCCCGGCACGGAAUUCCCAAUCAGUGGAUUUUCGGCAAUCGAAGCCUACCUACCCCUUCAUUUGGGCGAAAGAUAUUACCUUGGACACAAUCGCCAUCUGCGAGAUGGGGGCGAAAAAGAUCUCAUCGCAUCCCGGUGUCAGCAGUAAUCAUGAUUUGGAUAAUCGUCUCGGCGAGAAGUACACGGUCGUCUCUGAGAGAAGCCUGGAUGAGAAGUAG